AUGUCAUAUGAUCGUUAUGUUGCCAUCUGUGAUCCCCUUCAUUACAUUACCCGAAUGAGCCGGAAACAUUGUGCUUGGCUUAUAACUGCCACAUUCACUGUUGGUUUUGUUGAACCUCUGAGCAUUGUAAUAUCUAUAUCUAAACUGUCAUAUUGUGCUUCCCAUCUUAUUGACCAUUUUUUCUGUGAUCUAGAUGUCACACCAUUGCUAAAGCUUUCUUGCAGCAGCACUUUUAGUGUCGAACUUUUCAUUUAUAUUGUAGGGACAUUUUUGACUUUCAAUUCCUUCCUCCUUCCUCUGACCUCAUACAUAUUUAUCAUCUCUGCUAUCCUGAAAAUAAAAUCUUUACAAAAAGCCUUUUCUACCUGUGCUUCUCACCUGACCUGUGUGAUAAUCCUUUAUGGGACAGCAUUUUGCUUGUACAUGAGACCCACCACAAGUUAUUCUCUAAAAAGAGACAAGCAUUUCUCUCUGUUGUACAUUAUCCUGGGCCCUGUGCUGAAUCCUCUGAUUUACAUAUUGAAAAACAGAGAAUUUCAAUCUUCUUUUAAUAAAGAGAGGCAAAGAUUUUUAUCCAGUUUUUAUUUAGGUAAUGCAAGCCAAUAA